AUGCGCCCUGGACAGAGCUGCAGAGGUGGGAACGGUCGGCAGAGGGCGCAGGAGCUCAGGCCGGAGCCAUUUGGGCGGGGCACCCGUCUCGGGGAAGGAAUUGAGAGCAGAGGUCGGCGGGAGAGCGGGCUCUGCGCGAGAAGCGACGACCCGGGCACCUGCUGCCGUGGUCCUGACCCUCGCCCGUCGUCGGGCAGGCUUCGGAUCCCAGCGGUUACGAGCGUCUUUCUUGGGGACGGGCGGGGGGAGGGGGCGGUGCCCAGGGACGGAGCCCUUUUCCCAGAGGCGCCUGCCGACGCGUCGCCUGAGGGACCCGAGCCGAGGAGCCCCCGCUUUGUCCUUCUCCAGAGGCUCUCCUGCCGGGAAGCGGCGUCUUGCUCUGGUAACGUCCAGAGUUACAGAAUAUCCAGGCAGCUAGCGGACAUAAAAGCUGCUUUCCAAAUUUAG